AUGGCUGGCAUCUCAUUUUUUUUAUUCUCUUCUCUGUCAUUUCAUUCUUUUCUUUUCUUUCUCUUUCACCCUCUCUCUGUCUCUCUCUCUGUUCUCCUUCACUGCUCACUUUUUCUUUGCUUUGCUAAUCAUUCCACCUCCGUCUAUCUCUUUCUUGACAUCACUAAGUGGCCUUCAUGUGACCCAUGUGACUUAUCUUCACUCUUAACCAAUUUUUUCUCUUUCAUCAUAUUUCUGUUUUUCUCCCUUUCUCGUCAUAUUUCUGUUUGUUCUCCCUUUCUCGUCAUAUUUCUGUUUGUUCUCCCUUUCUCGUCAUAUUUCUGUUUGUUCUCCCUUUCUCGUCAUAUUUCUGUUUGUUCUCCCUUUCUCGUCAUAUUUCUGUUUGUUCUCCCUUUCUCGUCAUAUUUCUGUUUAUUCUCCCUUUCUCGUCAUAUUUCUGUUUAUUCUCCCUUUCUCGUCAUAUUUCUGUUUAUACUCCUUCUCGUCAUAUUUCUGUUUAUACUCCUUCUCGUCAUAUUUCUGUUUAUUCUCCCUUUCUCGUCAUAUUUCUGUUUAUUCUCCCUUUCUCGUCAUAUUUCUGUUUAUUCUCCCUCUCUCGUCAUAUUUCUGUUUAUUCUCCCUCUCUCGUCAUAUUUCUGUUUAUUCUCCCUCUCUCGUCAUAUUUCUGUUUAUUCUCCCUCUCUCGUCAUAUUUCUGUUUAUUCUCCCUCUCUCGUCAUAUUUCUGUUUAUUCUCCCUCUCUCUCUCUAAUAUUUCUGUUAUUUCCCCUUUCUCGUCAUAUUUCUGUUUAUUCUCCUCUCUCGUCAUAUUUCUGUUUUUCUUCUCCCUCUCUCGUCAUAUUUCUGUUUAUUCUCUCUCUCUCUCUCUCGUCAUAUUUCUGGGUUUUCUCUCUCUCUUUCUGGGUUUUCUCUCUCUCUCUCUCGUCAUAUUUCUGGGUUUUCUCUCUCUCUCUCUCUCUCUCUUAUUUCUGGGUUUUCUCUCUCUCUCUCUCUCUCUCUCGACAUAUUUCUGGGUUUUCUCUCUCUCUCUCUCUCUCUCUCUCGUCAUAUUUCUGGGUUUUUCUCUCUCUCUCUCUCUCUCUCUCUCUCUCAUAUUUCUGGGUUUUCUCUCUCUCUCUCUCUCUCGUCAUAUUUCUGGGUUUUCUCUCUCUCUCUCUCUCUCUCAUUUCUGGGUUUUCUCUCUCUCUCUCUCUCUCGUCAUUUCUGGGUUUUCUCUCUCUCUCGUCAUUUCUGUUUUUUCUCUCUCUCUCGUCAUUUCUGUUUUUUCUCUCUCUCAUCAUUUCUGUUUUUCUCUCUCACUCUCUCUCUCAUCAUAUUUCUUUCUUUUUCUCUCUCAUCAUAUUUCUUUUUUCACUUAUUCUUUCUUUGGUGUCCAUGUUUUCUCUCUUUUCCUCCUCCUUUACUAUCCUUAUUGUAUUUUACUUUUUCUUCUUACUUUUCAUUCUUUUACUCCUUAG